AUGCACCUAAUUCAGAAUCAAGAUCAAGUUACCCAAGUUCAUUCAAUAUACGACACAAUUUUAAUUCUCGACUUUGGUUCACAAUAUUCACAUUUAAUUACCAGAAGAGUGCGCGAACUUGGUGUUUAUUGUGAAAUGUUUCCGUGUACUCAAAAAUUUAACGAAUUAAAUUUUAAACCGAAAGGCAUAAUUCUUUCAGGAAGUCCUUAUUCUGUAUAUGAUAAAGAUGCACCAAGGGUAGAUAAAGAAAUAUUUAAUCUCGGUAUACCGAUUUUAGGAAUUUGUUAUGGACUUCAGGAAAUUGCUUGGAAUCAUGAUGGUUUAGUGGCACCAUGUAAAAAUAGAGAAUAUGGUCAUGCAAUUUUGUCUAUAAUUAAAUAUCAAGAUUAUCCUUUUGUUAAUAGGUUAUUUGAUGGAUUGGAAGAUAGCCUUCAAGUUUGGAUGAGUCAUGGUGACCAGUUAGAUAAAAUUCCCAAAGAUUUUAAGGUUAUCGGUAAAACUUUAACUUCUCCAUUUGCUGCCAUUGCUCAUGAAGAUAAACAUUUGUUUGGGAUACAAUUUCAUCCCGAAGUGACUCAUACACCAUUAGGAAAAACAAUCAUUAAAAAUUUUGUUAGCAAUAUUUGUGAAUGUCAAAGAAACUGGACUAUGGAAUCAUUUAUUGAUAAAGAAUUAAAUAGAAUUAGACAAAUAGUUGGACCUAAUGGACAAGUUGUUGGUGCAGUUAGUGGUGGUGUGGAUAGUUCUGUGGCUGCUAAAUUAAUGAAAGAAGCUAUUGGUGAUAGGUUUCAUGCUAUCCUUGUUGAUAAUGGUGUUAUGAGACUUAAUGAAUGUCAGAAAGUUAAACAAUCACUUAAAGAUCAUCUUGGAAUAAAUCUUAAAGUUGUAGAUGCUUCACAAAUGUUUCUUGAUCGUCUUAAAGGGGUAACGGAUCCCGAGAAAAAAAGAAAAAUUAUUGGAAAUACUUUUAUUGAAGUUUUUGAAUCAGAAGCUUUAUUAAUUGAUAAUGAAGCUAAAGAAAGUCAUCAUGGAAAAAUUGAAUAUCUUCUUCAAGGUACUCUUUAUCCGGAUGUUAUAGAAAGUAUCUCAUUUAAAGGGCCAAGUGCUACUAUUAAAUCUCAUCACAAUGUUGGUGGAUUAUUAGAAGAUAUGAAACUCAAGUUAAUAGAACCACUUAGGGAAUUAUUCAAAGUACGUGAAUUAGGAAAAGUUUUAGGCAUGGAUGAAGAAUUAAUUUGGCGUCAUCCAUUUCCCGGACCAGGAAUUGCAAUUCGAAUCUUGGGUGAAGUUACUCCUAGUCAAGUUAAAAUUGUUCAAGCAGCUGAUAAUAUUUAUAUUGAAGAAAUUAAAAAAGCUGGAUUAUAUCGAAAAAUUUCUCAAGCUUAUGCUGCUUUAUUACCAGUUAAAGCAGUAGGUGUUAUGGGUGACAAAAGAACUUAUGAACAAGUUAUUACUUUGAGAGCUGUUGAGACUACAGAUUUUAUGACUGCUGAUUGGUAA